AUGUCUUUAAUACUCUCAACUUACGCUGCGGACCCUGAGAAUGAUUCAUUCCGUGUACGGGUACAACAAGGAUCCCAUUUUUGUCCAGUAGUACGUUUGGAUAAGGGAAUGACCCAAACAGGGAAAGAAAGAGAUGAACGGGAAGGAUUUCAUAUCUUUCUGGAAAAUGGCCCCUUUUCUCUGCGGCUGGAGAGUGGCAGUGAGCCGGCAAUGGCUGUGGUGGAAAUUGAUGGAAUUGUUUUCGCCGGCGAACACCGCCUCCCACCGUAUGGGGCCCGCACCAUUCAACGCCUGCACGAACACCAUACCGCCACCACUCGCCCACUCCUCUACCGCAAACCCUCUAAACGUACAUUAAAGAAAAGAACGAAUACUUUAUUCCAUACACAAGAGCCAAAGGAAGAGGCAGUGGAAGAGUUAGAUGGACACACAACCGUCUGCAGGGUAUUUUUUCUUCCUGUUUUGGGAGGUGUGCAGGCAACACGUGCUGGAUCAUGGCGUAUUGCACACAAUGCCUCACCACUCGCUGUGGUUAUGUUUCGAUUUGGACACGCAGAUGAUCUCUCAAAGAAGUUUGGUAUCAGUAAGGAGGGAGUAGGCGUCGUUAAAGUAAAUGCAGGUGAUACUCCAAAGCACAUAUCAGCACGAACACCACAAACACAAACACCAACACGUGCUUCUCGCUCAGAGAGUGUUCCUACAAAUAUGCUUUACACAUUUUACCAACGUUCAAGUAGCACUAGAAGUAAUAGUAAUCGUAAUAUCAUGCCAUCUUUGUCGCGAUCUCACAGUAUGGACAGUAGGGCAGCCGCUCGUCAAUCUUCUUCUCUCAACUCAUUUCUUCGCACUUCUAGUGCUAAUGUGGGAAAUGGCUCCGCCCCCCAAUCCAAGGUUUCCAAACGUCGUCCAAUUGUUCGCUCUAACUCCUUAACCGAUAGGGAUCAUUGGCGUCCAGAUAAUAGAAUAUGGUCUGUACCAAAUUCACAAACAAAUAAACGAAGGGAUUGGAAUAUGGCAAGAGUUUCCUCUCGAUCAGUUUCUACCGGAGGACGCAGCACAUUACGUUCAAUUGGUCGCACAGAACGAUCCGUUAGUAACAAAGGAACAAGAUCGCCCAGUAUUGGAAAUGGUGGAGGCAUAAGUGAAAGAGGACACUCUGUGAGUAGUAGCCAUGGAUCCCACAGUAGAUACCGUAUAUGUGUUCGCUGUAAUGUCGCCUUUGAUCGGGAACGCAUGGAAUAUAUGGAGAUGAUAGCAGAUCUCACCAAUCAAGUUAAAACUUUAAAGCAAGAAAAUAAAGAACUUGAAAGAAAAUAUCAUGAUGCUACUCUCAAGGAAGGACAAAGUGAAGCACAACAUUAUUCUCAAUCUAAAGAACGAAAACAAGAGGAAAAUCAAGAUAUUUUAAAUAAGACCCUCAAUCCUUCCCAAAGAGACCAACAACCAAAGAAUCUUGUUAAACCAUCCACAUCCGAUGGGGGGGAUACACCAUCUAUGGAUGUGUCAUACUACUCUGUAUCAACUACUGAUAGGUACAUUUGA